GCAAGGUCAACCAAUGCUAGCAGCAUGUGGUCGUAAAUGGCAUCCGGCUUGCUUUGUCUGUGUCAAAUGCCGCAAGCCCUUCCCGGAUGGCGCCUUUGUCGACGUCAAGUCCGCUCCGUUCUGUGCCUCAUGCUAUUCGGCUCAUCACGGGGAGCCGUGCAAGCGAUGCGGGAAGACUGUGCUCGGCUCCAUGUUGCGAGCAUGUGACAAUGCCUUUCAUCCGGCCUGUUUCGUCUGUUUCGGCUGUGGCAAGCCUUUUGCCGGUGGCGCGUACUUUGCCCUCGAGGGCGCGCCGUAUUGCCGAGCCGACUACGACGCGCUCGUCGCCCGCCAGUGUGUCGCCUGCGGACUUGUCAUCCGCGAUCCGAAUCCUGUUGCAGUCCGGGCGGGCCUCUUCCACGUCGCUUGCUUCAAGUGCCGCAUGUGCAAGGCCGAGCUUCCGCGCGGGCCGAGUUUGAGGACACCAAGAUUGGUGCGCUCUGUGACGCGUGCUCGGUCAAUCAUCGUAACUCGGUCCACGUCUCGGCCAUGGGCGGUGCGCCGGUGACGGCAUCAGCCUCGACCGGCCGCCGCAAGUCCAAGCCGCGGAUUCGGGCUACCGGUGGUAAGCGGCGCAAGCGCAUCACACCCCUGGCGUCGGUCGCCAUCCCACUCGCGCUCGUUGCCUCUGAGCCGUCAACCAAGGUCCUCCGAACCCAAUGUGUCAAGGUGUGUGCGGACGCCAAGGAUGCACAGGCGACAUUCAUCGACGCGCUCGACGAGCUUGUUCCGCUUGUGGAACCCAGCUCCUCCGCUGAGCUACUGCCGGCCACUGUCCACACCAUCAAGCUGCUGAAGACGCUACUCGCGGUGCUUGAUGACGGCCCGCCGGGCUUCAACACCUACGAGCUGUCAUCGCUGGCGUCGGCGACGCUGGUUGUGGCCAAGACUGCUAUUGUGGCAGCUCGCGGCGACGAACCGCAUGCAUCGGACGGCGAGGUCGUCGAGAGCGCCGUCCCCACCUCGUCUUUUACCGCGCUCAAGGCCCAGCUCUCGCGGCUGCGCACCUGCGCAUGCGCGACGGUCGACAACUUUGGCAUGCAUGUGGCGAGUGCGCUGCAGCGGGCGGUGAUCAAUGCCGUCAACGCCGCAGGCACAAAUCCGCUGGUCGAGACAGUAUCGCUGAGCGUGUGCGGAGGGAAAAAGUCUGUGGUCCCCAACCCGCUGGAGAUGGUUUUUCACGUCGCGCCGGCAUCCGAGCCGUCGACAUAUCGCGACUAUGCCGAGCUGUUUCUCAUCCCGCUCGACACGCUGAACGGCGACGAGUACGUGCGACAAGAGGUCAUGUUCGAGUUUGUCUCGUCCGAGGUGCAGUUUGUGACCGACCUCGAGCUGCUGAUCAACGUCUUUGCACACCCACUCCGCGAGUUGCCCGAGGUUCUGGAGAGCGAAAUGACGGCCUCGAUCUUUGCCAACGUCGACGACCUGCUCACAUUGCACACGGCGCUCCUCGCCGAUCUACAGGCGCGGCAGCUGAGCGCGCCGACGGUCGGCGCCAUUGCAGACAUCCUUGUCCCACAUAUCCGCGCCCUCGCUGCAGCCUACUCUGAGUACUGCGGCAACCACCCACGCUCGAUCUCGAACCUUAAGCGGGCAUGUCUCGGGCGGACCGGAUCCAAACUGCGCAGGUUUCUGGACGAAGUGGGCGAUUUGACACCGCUGCGGCGGCUCCCGCUGGAGGGCUACCUGGUCAAGCCCGUCCAGCGGCUUUGCAAGUAUCCGCUUCUCCUCCGCGAGUUGAUCAAGGCAACGCCACCGGAGGCGCCGGGUCUCGAGCUGCUGAGCAAGGCCCACGCCCUUCUCGACGCGCUUGUCCAGCGGGUCAACGACAACAAACGCGUCGCCGAUGAGCAGCGCCGGCUAGAGCAGUUGCUCGACGCUAUCGACGGCUCCGACUCGCUGCUUCUCUCGGCGGCGCCGUGCGUCAUCCAGGACGGGCUCCUGGUCAAGCGAACCGGCUCAAAGACCGAGGAGCGACUCAUGGUGGUCCUCGACUCGACGCUGCUCUGGGCCAAAAAGUCGCUCGUCGGCCGCAAGACGUAUUCCAUGCGCAAGCACUUUCCGCUCUCGGCCGUUCUUGUCGAGGAUAUGAAGGACACUCCCACGCUUGCCAACGUCUUCCGCCUCCGGACCGCCGAGAAAGAGUACGUGUGGGAGGCGCCAUCCCACAAGGUCAAGAUCGAGUGGAUCCUCAACAUCUCCGAGGCCCGCAACAAGUUCCUUGCCCGCCACAAUAUGCUCCCUCUCUCGGCGCCGCCGUCAUCGUCGGGCCCGUCGUAGCUACGCGCGCCGAUGACGCCGCCGCUUGGCCCAUCCGUCGCGCAGGAGCGAAGCGGUGUGAAGCCCGCCGAAUGGGCUCUCCGGCGCGACGAGCUCGACUGCAAACGCGCUGCUGAGCUCAUCGCUCGCGCACCACUUGUCCAGCCGCUUUCGGAGGCGGUAGCGGCGGUUGGCAAGGUAGGUGUCGAGCGCCGCAAGAGUCAUCCCGGUCUCGGCCAUCAGCGCCUCCUUUUGCCCUGCUGUUGGGUAUGGGUUGUCUGGAUGGUGGAAGAGCCAGCGGGUGACGGCGGCGGCGGCCGACCAUGGGAUCUUCAGCGGGCGCGCAAACGAGAUCUUGGUCUGGACUGCCUUCUCUAUACGAUCCAACAGGACGCCGACCGCGCCGGCAACCAUCCGCGCCGCGCGGUCGAGCGCCGCCCGCCCCGUCCUGUCACUCACAGAGUCCCACAGCUCGCGCAACUGAUUCACCCUCUGCGCAUACUGGACUUCAAGGUGCUUGACUUGGACAAGAAACUCAUCGUUGAGAACUCCAUCGUAGAUGCUGCCUUCUCCGUACACGAUCUCGCCCAGGUCGAGCACAACCAGCUGCUUCGGUGCUGGCUCCAAGGUCGAAGCCAUGUCAAGCUGCCCGCGCCGAGAGCCAAGUGCCACCGCCACUAGCAAGCGAGGCACACGUCGUCCAGCAAUUUCCUUUUAAA